CCGACAGUGCGUCUGCUGCCUGCGCUCCCGCCGCUCUCCCCGUCAUGGCCUCCACUCAGCCGCCGCCGACACCACCGAGGAUGAACCGACCAGACAGCGGCCCUUCCCUUCCCGGAGCGGAGACGGACGUCAAGCCGAAGCAGAGGCACCGGUAGAGGCGAGCCGCGCCGGGGAGAGCCGCCUCACAUCCCCAUGCCACCCCGGUCUCCUCCAUGCCUUCGUCUAGAGCCAAGUACAGCUAUUCGAUAAAGAGGGGUGCGAGCCCGGGCGGCGGCGGCGGCGGCGGCGGAAACAUGACAACGAACCGGGAUUAUUCCGUGAAUCUGUCGGUGCAGCAGGUGCUGAGCCUUUGGGUGCAGGGCACGACGCUGCAGCACUUCACAGAGAUGGGGUACUGGGUGUUCCUGUGGUGUCUAUUCUCCUCCCUCUUCGUCCACGGGGCCGUGGGGCUGCUCAUGCUGGUGAUGCUGCAGCGCCACAAGAGAGGCCGCCUCAUCACCCUGGUCCUGGUCAGCGUGGGGUUCCUGGCCUCGCUCUGCGGAGGCGUCAUCACCAGCGCGGCGGUGGCGGGGGUUUACCGCGUGGCGGGGAAGGACAUGGCUCCUCUGGAGGCUCUGGUGCUCGGCGUGGGACAGACCUCUCUCUCUGUCGUCAUUUCCUUCUCUCGGAUCCUAGCAACUCUGUGAACGACAGACGCUGAGAGGAGAGCCGACCAAUCAGAGACUUAGGCGCUCCUGGAGGCCGGCGUGUAGACAGAGAGGAGGCAGAGACGCUCUGGACCUUUAGGGCUGGACUCAGGACAGAGCGCCCCCCGGUGUCUCUGUUCUGUUACUGCCACAGUCACAUUGAACUCAGGCAGGUGAGCUUGAUGCUGAAGAGCAGGUGGAGAUGAACGUCCUCAGCUUCUCGACCUGGAGCCAUGUGUCGGAAUUUCAGAGUCGCAUCAGUUCUUUGUGCCAACGGCGUCGGAGGAUGCCACGACGCCUUCGAGGAAACGGACUCAUGAAAAAACCUUUUUUUAAAAAGAGACAGUGACGAGCUGCAAUCAUGAUCAGUGAUCAGCUGAGCAGAGAGGGACAAGCCAACAGUGUUCAUCAGCAAACACACCUUCAUCAUCAGCCUCUUCAUCAUCAUCAUCAUCAUCAUCAGUCCUGUAACUUCAACAGCUUCAAAGCUGCAGCCUCCAGAUCACGAGCAACAAGCAGCUUUGACCUCUGCACUUCGUCAAUGUCGGAGAAGGAGGAGAAAACCAGCAUCAGUCCAGUUCAAAUGCUGAUUCAGUGCCAACCAGACCUCACAGUGAGGCAUUCUGGGAAAUAUAAUCAUUCACUUGAUUGAUUGAUUGAUUGAUUGAUUGAUUGAUUGAUUGAUUGAUUGAUUGAUUGAUACCACUCUCAUGUCUGUACAGUGAAUAAGAGGCGGGAACCAGGAGGCAGUUGGCUUAGCUGCCCCACACUAGAGAGGGGGUGAGGUUGUCAUGCACAGUCAGUGUUACCUGCAGUAGAUUCAGUUUAGAGGAGCAGCAGGAGCACAGGUACACUAGCAGCUGCUGUGGG